GGAGGAGCCAUGGCGGCGGCGGCUGUUCCCGGGGCCGGCCGAGAGCGGCGGGCGGCGGCCUGGGGCUGGGGAGGCCGGCCGUGCUCCGGGAACAUCUUGGAUCAACUCCGGCAGGGCCAGGUGACGGGCCAGGGCCUGGCCCGGGGCGCGCAGAUCACAGAGGCUUUUCUGAAAGAAAGAGACAAACAAGCCAAAUGGAAUGGGAUCCCUCUGUUACUUCAAAAACUUUAUGUGAACAGCCAACCCAACAGCGAUUUUUCUAAGUGCCAAAGCAUCCUCAAGGAAAUCUCUCCACUGCUCUCUAUGGAAGCUAUGGUGUUUGUUACAGAAGAAAGAAAAUUUUCCCAAGAAUCCACCUUCCCCAACACGUACACUUUUGAUUUGUUUGGAGGCGUAGAUCUCCUUGUGGAAAUUCUUAUGAGACCUACACUUACUACUCAGAAAAAGAAACAGAAAAUAAGUGACGAUCUGACCAAGGACUGUUUAAGUAUCUUGUAUAAUACGUGUAUUUGUACUGAUGGAGUUACAAAACGUCUGGCAGAAAGAAAUGACUUUGUCCUCUUCUUGUUUACACUGAUGACAAAUAGGAAGACAUUUUUACAAACAGCAACCCUCAUUGAAGACAUUCUGGGUGUUAAAAAGGAAAUGAUCCGGUUAGAGGACAUUCCCAACCUUGCUACUUUAGUCUCCAGUUUCGAUCAACAGCAGCUGGCUAAUUUCUGCAGGAUCCUGGCUGUCACAAUAUCAGAACUUGAUACUGGAAGUGAUGACAAACAUACACUUCUUGCCAAAAAUGCCCAUCAGAAGAAAAACCUAGGUCCUACCUGUGCUGAAAUCAACCAAGCAACUCUCCUGAAUAUUCCAGGUUUUAUUGAACGCCUCUGCAAACUGGCAACAAGAAAAGUGUCUGAAAGCACAGGCACCUCCAGUUUCUUGCAGGAGCUAGAGGAAUGGUACACGUGGCUGGAUAAUGCUCUGGUGUUGGAUGCACUGAUGCGUGUAGCUAAUGAAGAGCCUGAGCACAGUAGCCCAGAUUCUUCAGAUGAGAGUGGUGUGGCAAACACUUCCUCAAGGACCCAGUUACCCCAGUCAAUGAAGAUCAUGCACGAGAUCAUGUACAAACUGGAGGUGCUCUAUGUCCUAUGUGUGCUGCUGAUGGGCCGACAGCGGAAUCAGGUUCAUAAGAUGAUAGCAGAAUUCAAACUGAUCCCUGGACUUAAUAAUCUGUUCGACAAGUUGAUAUGGAGGAAGCAUUCAACAUCUACCCUUGUUCUACAUGGACAUAACCAGAACUGUGACUGUAGCCCAGACAUCACCUUAAAGAUACAGUUUUUGAGACUUCUCCAAAGUUUUAGUGAUCACCAUGAGAACAAGUAUCUGCUGUUAAAUAGCCAAGAACUGAAUGAGCUCAGUGCAAUCUCUCUCAAGGCCAAUAUCCCAGAGGUGGAUGCAGUUGUCAACACAGACAGGAGUUUGGUCUGUGAUGGAAAAAGAGGCUUGUUAACUCGAUUGCUGCAGGUCAUGAAGAAAGAGCCAACUGAGUCCUCCUUCAGGUUUUGGCAAGCGAGGGCUGUGGAAAGUUUCCUCCGAGGGGCCACUUCAUAUGCUGAUCAGAUGUUCCUGCUAAAGAGGGGCCUUUUAGAGCAUAUUCUAUAUUGCAUUGUGGACAGCGAGUGUAAAUCCAGGGAUGUACUUCAGAGUUACUUUGAUCUCCUGGGUGAACUGAUGAAAUUCAACAUUGACGCCUUCAAGAGAUUCAAUAAAUAUAUCAACACAGAUGAGAAGUUCCAGGUUUUCCUGAACCAAAUCAAUAGCUCAUUGGUGGAUUCCAACAUGCUGGUUCGAUGCAUCACACUCUCUCUCGACCGAUUUGAAAGCCAGUCGGACAUGAAAGUUGUACACGUUUUGUCCGAGUGCCGCCUGCUGUCCUACAUGUACCAGAUGAACAACAGAACGACUUUCCUUUUCCGUCUCAUUAACAUUAUUCAUGUGCAGACUUUGACACAGGAGAACGUCAGUUGCCUGAACACCAGUCUGGUGAUCCUGAUGCUUGCUCGGAGGAAAGACAAACUGCCUGGGUACCUGAAUGCCCUCCAGAAGAUGGAGUAUGAUGAGAAAUACCCUGGCUUCAUCCUCAACAACUUUCACAGCCUCCUGCGUUUCUGGCAGCAGCACUACCUCCAUAAGGACAAGGAUAGCACCUGCUUAGAGAAUGUAGGAGUGCGGGGAAGCCCAGAGGGGAGCUCCUGUAUUAGUUUUACCUACUGGAAAGAGACUGUGUCCAUCCUGCUAAGUCCCGACCGGACGUCACCCUGUGCCCUGGUCAGCUAUAUCGAGGAGCCCUAUAUGGACAUAGACAGAAACUUCACAGAGGAGUGACCUGCCAGGGCCAGGCCUCUGAGGACAUCUUGCAGACAGUGGUGAUUCAGGGAUUACAGUGUGGUGUGUGUGCACUUCUCCAUUUGGAUCCAUGGACCGUGUGGGCCCCCUUCUUCACCCCUGCCCUCUAUUGCUACUCCCCCCCCUCCACCCCUGCUCCCAUUGCUCCUGGGAUGGGACAUUUCAGGGACUUCUGGUUUCAAGGAGAAACCUUUUCCCAGAAGAGACAGUGCUAUUUUCUCUCCCUGGGGGAGGCGGGGCUCACUGAGAGCUCUUUCCUUCUUUCCUGCCUCUCUGUCCCUAGUCCCUCACAAGUGAAGCUUUUCCUGACCAGUACUACCAGGCCCUCUGUUUGGGUGCCAGUUCUGAGGCCAUGUCUGUGCUGCAGGCUUCUGGCCUGGGUCACUGAUUCAUGAACUCAGAUGUUUCCUGAGCAAGGGCUGUAGGUGGACUCAUUAUUUCCCCUCUCCCCCUUGUUCCUGAGACCUGGUACUGAAUUUGAGGGUCUCCAUCUUUUUAUCUGGUGUUCCCUCCUGCCCUCUCAUCGUUUUUCUCCCCUGUGGAGAUUUCCUUUUCCUAAAGCACUGGACAGGAGCUUCAGACCAUUGCUUAGAUGUUGUUCACUGCCCCCACCUGUGGCCGAGUGGAACUUAAAAUCUUCAUAUCUCAGACAUUUGCUCAGCGCUUUUCUGUGGUACCUCCUUCCACCUUGCCAUUACAGUCCUCCAUACAAGGGGAGUGGGGCUGGAGAGAGGGGGAGAGGAUAUACUGGUCACCCCAACAAUUGGGAUACUUAGCCUUCUGUGGAGCCAGGGAGAGGCCAGAAGGAAGUGGUAGGAAGCUCCGCACAAAGUGUCCACUUCCCCAGAAUUCUGACUAUUUAGAGGUAUGUUGUCCCUCAUUCUCUGGUAAGGUGGCCCAGUUCUGAUGAAGAGCACAGGGAAAGGGGUCCAGGGAAUCUUCAGCCUUCUGGGCCCAUCUUGUGGGAUCUCACCUUGGGUAGCCCAGGACCAGCCCCUUGGCCAGCAGGCCCAACCUGAGUUCUCAGGCUUCCUUCCCAGGCCAAGCCUCAGGAUGAGGGUCAGCUGACUCCCAUCACUUUCUUGUUUAUUUGAUCUCUCUCUCCUACUGUCUGAUCUUCCUUUUUCAUUUUGCCCCUUUUAACCAACAGGCUGCUUAUAAAAAGAUGUGUUGUGCUUCUGACCUGCCCCUUUGCCUCCCUGCUUAACCCCCAGACAGUCUGAGUCUCUUCCUUCCCACAGUGGAUGCAAGGGAGCUGGCCCUAGCAGGAUGGGGAAACUUCCCCAGGGAGGGCCAGGUCCUGAUGCCCAAUUCCCCUGGAGCUCUGCCAGCGGCUCUGGAAAGGAAAAAGUUUGGCUUCUUUAAAUCUAAAUGGCAUGGAGUUGGAUCCUUUGACUGGCCCCAGGGGUGACUCAAUCUCUCCCCUGAGAGACUUUUCCCUGACUCCCCCAUCCCCACACAUAGAUCAGCUCUCCCUGGGAAAGUCUUCCCCUCCCUGAGGAUGAGGACCACACCACAGUAUUGCCAAUUUAUUAACAGCAAAUAAACUGAUUAUUAGAUGGA